GUUUCUUUUUCAUCUCUGUAGCAUGGAUCUAAACACGGUUAACGUGUACAUAUACACGUAAAUAUAUAAUAAAUUUAAUGAUAAUAAACAUAAUGCUAAAAUAACAUUUUAAAGUACACGUAUAAUAGAAUUAUAAUAUCGAUACAGAUGUACAAUUUUUUAUUCCGUAUCUUACCAGCAUCCGGAACCAAAGAUUAUCAAUGGAAAUAUAACGAAAAUUCUUUUGAUUCAAAUAAGUAGAAUUUGAAUACUGAUCAAUUCAAUUAAAAAUGGAAGAGGAUGAUGAAGAAGUUUGUAUACCAUGGAUACAGAAGAAUAAAAAUAAUACAUCUGAAACUAGUCUUUAUCGAUCGAUACAAAGUAAUUUAAACACUGGAUCUGCGCAAACAUUAUACCAAAGUGUUCGUAAUACCUUGUAUAACGAUGUUGAAAGUAUGAGCACCUUAAACAGUAUGCAAAGUGCUGUUUCCAUGGAAGAUCUUCAGCAGCCGGAUAAUGAUGAUGUGUCAACUGUUAACAAUGAUGCCAAUGUCACAGUUAUCGAUGGUAGUUGUACAGAUUUAAGAAAUAGUAGAAGAGGUUCAAAAACAGUUUCAAACUCCGAGAGAGCAUUUAGUUUAUACUUUCGUGAUGAAAUUCGUACAAUUGAUUUUAUUCUUGUUUGGGAUGAAUUUGAUACAGAAGCUCAAACGUAUCGCAGCAUCGAAUACAGACGCGUGUUCGAAAAGAAUCUGGAGAAAGAAGGUUUACAACUGGAAUAUGAACCAGUGGAACCAAAUGGUCUACAUUUCAUUAAACUACAUGCACCACAAGAAGUGUUAAGACGGUAUUCCGAAAUACUAAAGCUUAGAUUACCAAUGAAGGAAUUACCUGGUUUAAUAAUUCCCGAUAUUCGUGGCAAUACAUUAAUCGACGAAGUUAAUUCUUUUUUCAAUAGAAUUAUGCAAAAAUAUUACAUCGAUAAAACGAUUUUUCCGACAUUGAAGCAUAAUUUCACGGCAGUUUAUAGCCGUGACAAAGAGUAUUUAUUUGAUUUAGAUUCCCCUAACUUCUUUACUGCCGCAACGCGUGCCAGAAUUGUGCAAUUUAUCUUAGAUAGGACCAAGUUCACUGAAACCAAACAUGACGAUUUUGCAUUUGGAAUAGAAAGGCUGAUAUCGGACAGAGCAUACGUAGCUGUGUAUCCUUUACACGAUGGCGACCUACAAUCACCAGAUUCUAUGAGAUGUCUUUUGUACACGGAGUGGGCAAGUGUACGGAAAUGUCUUCAUUAUCAGCCCUUGGAUUAUAUCAAAGAGUACUUCGGAGUGAAAAUCGGACUUUAUUUUGCUUGGCUCGGAUUUUAUACACAUAUGCUGGUACCUGCUUCUAUUGUUGGUCUUCUUUGCUUCAUAUAUAGCUGCGUAACGUUAUAUUCUAACGAACCAAGUGAAGACAUUUGUAAUCACAAUGGUACCAUUGCAAUGUGUCCGUUGUGUGAUCAUAUUUGCGGAUACUGGAAUCUGAAAGAAACGUGCCUGCACUCAAGAAUUACAUAUCUAUUUGACAACCCAUCUACUGUAUUCUUUUCUAUAUUUAUGUCAUUAUGGGCUACGUUAUUCUUAGAAUUGUGGAAGAGGUAUUCGGCGGAAAUAACUCAUAGAUGGGACUUGACUGGUUUAGAUGCACAAGAGGAACAUCCUCGACCUCAAUAUUUAGCACGUCUAGCGCAUAUAAAAAAGAAGUCCCUUAAUAUUAUUACGAAUACAGAAGAACCAACUGUUCCAUUUUGGAAAAUGAGAGUGCCUGCCACGAUUCUUAGUUUUUCCAUCGUUUUAUUAUUGAUUGCAAUAGCAAUGGCUGCUGUGCUAGGAGUUGUUCUGUAUAGAAUGUCUGUGUUAACUGCCUUAAGUGUUUACGGUCAUCCAGUGGUAACAAGUUAUGCAAUACUCUUUACUACAGCCACUGCAGCUAGUAUUAAUUUGUGUUGCAUCAUUGUGUUCAAUUGGAUUUACGUUUGGUUGGCCGAAUAUUUAACAGAGAUCGAACUCCUCCGAACUCAAACUGAAUUUGAUGAUAGUUUAACAUUGAAAAUAUACCUACUUGAAUUUGUAAAUUAUUAUGCUUCCAUAUUUUAUAUAGCAUUUUUUAAAGGAAAAUUCAUUGGGUACCCGGGAAAAUAUAAACGUUUUUUUGAGUAUCGACAAGAAGAGUGCGGUCCUGGUGGCUGUCUUAUGGAAUUAUGUAUACAAUUAAGCAUUAUUAUGAUUGGCAAACAAGCCAUGAAUACAAUACUAGAAAUGCUCUAUCCGUUAUUUUUCAAAUGGUUAAAUACUUUAAAAGUACAUGUUGGAAUGAAAACGAAAGAUGGACGAAGAAAAAAUGCAUCCAAAAAGUACCUUCAAUGGAUCAAAGACUAUAAAUUAGUAGAGUGGGGCCCGAGGAGUUUAUUUCCAGAGUAUUUAGAAAUGGUGCUACAAUAUGGAUUUGUUACUAUUUUCGUCGCAGCAUUUCCGUUAGCACCAUUUUUCGCAUUGCUGAAUAAUAUUUUUGAAACGCGACUGGAUGCAAAAAAAUUAUUAAGAAUGUACAGAAGGCCAGUAGGACAACGUGUUAUAGAUAUAGGUAUAUGGUAUCGCAUUCUCGAUUCCAUUUCCAAAUUGUCUGCUAUAACUAAUGCAUUCAUCAUAGCUUUUACAUCGAAUUUCAUACCAAGAUUAGUUUAUCGAUUAACUGUUUCUGAAAAUUAUUCUCUAGAAGGAUUUUUAGAACAUUCUCUCUCGAAAUUUGACACGCGUGAUUUAAAAAAUGGUACUGAACCAUUUUAUAUUCCUGAUCAUGAACAAGUAAAAAUAUGUAGAUAUCCAGAUUACAGGGAACCACCAAAUUCGACAAAUAAAUAUGAUUAUACCAUUAUGUUUUGGCAUGUACUAGCUGCCAGAUUAGCUUUUAUUGUUGUAUUCGAGAAUAUCGUGGCUCUCGUUAUGAUACUUGUACGAUGGUGUAUUCCUGACAUGAAUCCACAAUUACGGGAUAAGAUUCGACGAGAGGCUUAUAUAACCAAUGAAAUAAUUAUUCAACAAGAAGCAUCUCGAGCUUGUGGAAGAUCAACUGAUCUGAACGAAAAUACAAAUCGGUGGAACAGAGUGAUGAGAAAUAGUUUAUCGAAUUCUGAAUUCGAUUUAGAAAUUCAUGGAAGCCCUGUGUCUCCUGCUAAUACGCGGUCACGAGUUGGACCUGCCGCAUUAUAAUAAACGUAGAUCUGAGAACUACAAUUGUGAUACUAGUCUCGAUAAUAUACACUGGUAAUAACAGUCACAAUCGAUAAUGCUAAUUAAAGUAAAUUAGCAGUCCAAAAAGGAGGAAUAAUUUCAUUACAGAAAGCUUUAACUACUCUUAUAUCAGGAAAGUAUAUAAUGUUAAAAUACUGUUUCUCAUUAUACAUAAAAAGAAAGAGGAAUUAUAGUAAUUUAAUUUAUAUUUGCAAGAAUGUUAUGCAUUAUGUAUAUCACAUUCUUAUUGUUCGUCAUGUCAAAUUAUACAGCCAUCCGGAAAGUAUACUUAUGUAUAUGCAAAAAUGUUAUACACACAUGUGUGUAGUUCACUAUUGUGAUUUUCAUAAAUUAUAAAGUUAAGUUUACAAUGAAACGCUAAGAAAAGCCUAAGACUUUUUUUAUAUAAAAUUUAUCAUAGCAUAAAAUGCACUUAGGUGAUCAUUAGCAACGAAUGUUAUUGUAUACGCGGUAAAUUAUUCUAUUUGUUCUACAUCGUGAAGUAAAGUGUAUUUAUAUGAUAUUAAUUCUGAAUUUAAUUUUAUAGAUCAAUUUAUAAGUCUUCCUCUUUUUAAAGUUCCUGUAAAUCAUGUUACUAUAUGGGACUAACUUUUAAG